CUUUAUUAAAUCUACGUCUUAAAGACUGAUAAUGUCUUCAAGUUCUAACCAAAACACCAUUGGGAUGAAGACGCAAGCACCUGCUCCAUCUGAUCAACUCCACAACACGCUGUCUUGGAUUUAGCUUCUAUAUAUGCAUUACUACCCACCUUAAGUCAUUAUAUCUCCCCAAGGAAAUCUCAAAUCAGCAACAUCGUAGGUUUUCAUCUUACCUCCCAAAUUCAUGGCAACCUCCACGCUCCUUCUCUCCAUCACAAUCUUAGCUCUCACAAUCACCUGUGCGGCUGUUGCUCGAGUCCUUGAUGAGGAGGACAAUCCUGUUCCCACCACUGUACCUGAUGAUCCUAGUUCAGUGGCACCACCCGUUGCUGGUGCUGCUCCUGUUGUUGCUUCCUCAGCUGCUGUCACUGGCACUACAGUGACCAGUGCCGCAGACCCCCACCAUCCACUUACUUUCUUCAUGCAUGACAUACUUGGCGGAUCAAACCCCUCAGCAAGAGCUGUUAGUGGGAUUGUCUCCAACCCAGCAGUCAGUGGUCAAGUCCCCUUUGCCAAGCCUAAUGGUGCAAACCUUCCAGUUAACAAUGGUGUUUCUGUCAACAGCAAUAAUAAUGGAAUCAUUAACAACAACAACGUUCCCUUUCUCACUAGCCUUGGUGGUACUAGUGCAACCAAUGCCGUUCAAAACAAUGGAAACAACCCAAUAAAUAAUGGCAUCGGGGGGGUUGCCGUCCUGAGUGGAGGUCAAGUCCCUGCAGGAAGUACUAUUCAAAAGUUCAUGUUUGGGACAUUGACAGUUAUAGACGAUGAGCUAACUGAAGGGCAUGAGCUUGGUUCAGGUUUGAUUGGCAAGGCAGAAGGGUUUUAUGUGGCUAGUUCCAUUGAUGGGAACAGCCAGACCAUAGCUUUCACAGCCAUGUUUGAGAGCGGUGGCUAUGCGGAUAGCAUCAGCUUUUUUGGUGUGCAUAGGACUGCUGUUUCAGAGUCCCAACUUGCAAUCAUGGGUGGCACUGGUAAGUACUUGAAUGCUAAGGGAUCCGCCAUUGUCAAGACAUUUCCAACUACAAACCAGCAUGAAACCGAUGGAUUUGAGACUCUACUGCAGUUUACUGUUUAUCUUUCUUACUAG